AUGAAUAUGGCAGAAAGUAAUAAUAAUAUUAUACUAUUCGAUAUGGCUAAAAAUGAAAUGUUUGAUAUCAAUGAUAAUUUGAAAAUUUUAAGAAGGAAACUUCAAGGAUCUUAUACGAUUGCUAUAAAUAAACAUGAGAUCACAGUGGAUGUCUUAAAUGGUGUACAGUUAGUUGUAUUUGGAGGUCCUCGUGCUAUGUUUUCUGAAGCAGAAUUUAAUUGUCUUCAUAAAUAUAUUGAUCUUGGAGGAUCUGUAUUAGUUAUGUUUUCUGAAGGCGGUGAAAAAGAACUUCAUACCAAUAUAAAUUAUUUAUUAGAAGAAUUUGGUAUAAUGGUUAAUAGUGACUAUGUAUUACGCACACACUAUUAUUUAUAUUUCCAUCCUAAAGAAUGUCUGGUUAAGGAUGGUGUUGUUAAUGAAGCAGUGGCUAAAUAUUUGGAUCGAGAAAAUGAAAGCACAUCAAAAUGUAUAAGUUUUGUAUUUCCCUAUGGUGCUAGUUUAAAUGUUGCAAAGCCAGCUGCUCCUAUACUUACUAGUGGUUCUGUUGCUUAUCCUCUUAAUAGACCAAUCUGUGCUUUUUAUUCUACUUCAAAGUAUUCCAACAAAGCUAAAAAAGGAAAACUAGCAGUUAUUGGUUCUGGUCAUUUGUUGACAGACAAAUAUAUUAAUUGGGAAGAAAAUGAUAAAAUCCGUGAAAUUUUGUUUGAUUUCUUGAUCACAAAUAAUAUAACUUUAAAUGAAAUUGAUGCUAAUGAUCCUGAGACUUCAGAUUAUAAGAUGGUACCAGAUAUUGGAAUGUUAUCAUCUCGUGUUCGCACUUGUCUACAGCUUCAAGAAAGUUUGAACAAUACAAGCCAUUUUUUAUUUUCGGCUGACAACAUAAAUUCCCUUAUAGACACUAAAUUGUGUUCUUUAAAUACCUCAAUGUUACCAGAUACUGUUGAAGCGUAUAAAACAUUAAAUGUACCUCACAAUCAGUUACAACUCAUUCCUCCUACUUUCAAUGACACCUUACCUGUUUUACAAUUUGCUGUAUAUCCACCUCCUUUUCAAGAAUUAUCAUCUCCAUUUUUAGAAUUAUUCGAUCUUGAUAGUAUAUUUGGUUCUGAAAAAUUGUCAUUGGCAAAUUUGGCUAAGAGUUAUUUAGAAGCUCAGUCUAGUGAGAAAACAAUUGAAGAUAAUAUUAAUCAAUUUAUUAUUGAUAUUAACGAUAAUUUAGAAAUAAUUGAUCAUAGUAAUAACUGUAAAGAAAUAAUACAAACCGUGUUUUCAUUAAUAAAUAAUUUUAAAAAAUAA